UCAAAAGGGAAGUAUUCGGGGAGCCAUUGUCGUGGUUGCUGCGCCAUGUCUGCUUCAGUGAGCUCUGUAUAUGGCUCAGUUCUAACAGGAUUCACAAUGUUCAAAGCGAUAGACAGCUACUAUGAGGACUCCGACGAUAGUCUUUCUUCCGAAUCUAGUGUGAACCAGUUCUCGUCUAUGCAGUCGGAGCUGUCCGAUGGUUCCUUUCAGGGACUGACGGCCUUUGAGCUGGAAUCCGACUCGGAUAGUGGUGAUGCACAUGAUGUAGCCGCAGGCAGGGAGGAGGACGCCAUCGAACCUGAAGCGGGUGGCAACGAGGGUUCAGGCGAGCACGAUCCUACUGGUGUCGCUUGGAUUGGCGUCCCGGAUCCCGUUGGAGUUGAUGAUGGCGAUGAGUCUCAGGCGCUGGCGUGGGUUUCGGCGAGGACGACGACGAGGAGGAGGAAGAAGUAGAUAGUGCGCCACAAAAGCGUCAACGGCUGGGCUAGCCGACGCCAGUAUAAAGUUUAAUUUAGCAGCUUAGACUUGCCUCGAGUACGGUUGAGCUUAAUCUUUAUACCUAUCGCUAGUGGCUGAUGGUGUAUUUUGUAUAAGCAUGUGUGGUAUGGUGUUAGGUACGUAUGUAUGGUAGGUGGGUGUGAUGGUAAUGCUAAUAUUGAAAGACCAACCUGAGAAUGACUGCUGUCUAAUUAUAUUUUAA